AUCUCCAAGGCUUGUUUUUGUUUUUGUUUUGUUUUUUAAGCUCACCCUGAUCCCAACGUGUGUUUUGGGGCUUGGGGAGAUAAGGAGUGAAAAUGGAGACGCAAGCGCUCUCUCUAUCUGGUGUUGUUUUGGUUGGCAGCGGGAAUGGCACGUAGGACGAAGACAGCAGGAGGAGGAGAUUUACUGAAAUAAGACAGAAAUGCCCACAAAGGGUGGAGAGGAAGGAGUGAUUUCACAUUGGACCAUUCACUGGAGCUCUCCCUGCCCUGGGCUUUGGACUACAUUCAGCCAGCCAGCCAGAGGGGAGUAUCCAGCCGGAGCAAACCAGCUCGUCCCAUUGACAACCGCAUGACUGAAGUGACUGUGACAUGCCUGCUGCUGCUCGCUGCUCUCUGGCUGCCUGGGGGUGAGAGCUACAAUACUGAUCCGAAGAAGCCCCUUGGCCAAAUGGAAGAGGCUGCCCUCCGUCCCAAGAGAAGCCCGAGAUUCUGCUUUCCGAACCCAUGUAAGCACCAGGGAGUCUGCCGGGUAGUUGAGGAGAAACCAAACUGCACCUGCAAGGCUGGCUUCACUGGGACAUUCUGUCAAGAUGUGGUACUCAAGCUGCAGUGUGAGGAAGAUCACAUGAAGAUGAUGGUGAGAAAGGAAGUGUUUGAAGUGUUGAAAAUCCCCUUGGCGCGGGUCCACUUGAAGAACAGCGCUUGCAAGGUCUCUGAAAAGGAGGAGGCUGGAGCAAUCUUCUUUGCAGCCACUCUCACGGGCGAGAACCAUACCCUGUGUGGGUCAGUGAUUCAGCAAAACAGGUCACACGUGUCUUACACCAACGUGAUGGAGUCCGACAUGGAGGCCACGGGCGUGAUCUCCAGAAGCAGCCUUGUGCGAGUGCAUUUCUCCUGCAUCUACUCCUAUGAGCGGGUGGUCCAGCUGCCCUUCUCCCUUACUGCCAUCGACACGCUGGUGAAGUUUGUGGUCAAAGAGGGGGAGUUCAACGUGACCAUGGCCUUGUACGAGACCUCGGCUUACCUGCAGCCCUACCAGCAGCAGCCCCCGGCCCUCCCCCUGUCGGAGUUCCUCUACAUCCUGCUGCAGCUGGAAGGGCAGAGCCAGGUGCGGUACUUCCUGCUGAGCGUCGAGGACUGUUGGGCCACCCCGUCGGCGGACCCCAGCCAUGACAUGCAGCACCAGCUCAUUGUGAAGGGGUGUCCCCGUGAUGAGACCGUGAUGUACAUCAAUGGCAUCGGAAACAGCACCGUGGCAAAGUUCAGCUUCCAGAUGUUCCAAUUCAUCAACUACUCGGAGGUGUUCCUGCACUGCCGAGUACGCCUGUGCCUCCCCGAUGGCCCCGAGCCCUGUGCAAAGCAAUGUCCCAGGAAGUCGAAGAGCAAGAGGGCACUUGAGGAGGACUACAAGAAGAUUGUCUCUUAUGGACCCAUCCAUCUCCUCGCCUCUCCCCUUUCUGGAGCACGGAAUGCUGAGUCGGGGACAAAACUGCAGGACCUUUGGGGGCCACAGCUGUGGAUUCCUGGUGCCCUGGUAACGCUGAUCGUAGCCGGCCUCUUCGUUCUCGUUGCUAUAGCUAAAGCCAUGAGGAAAUGAGUGAUGUCCAGAGAGCACAAUUUCUAAAUAAACCUGCCACUU